AGUUGCCCCAUUGCAUUCUCCCUGUCGAGAGGCGUCCUUUUGCCCGACGCACCGACCGAGAGAUUUCCCAUACGAGAAAGCUCGACGAGGAGGUGCGCUGGCUGAAUGCUGGUCGGUGCAGUCCAGCGUGCCAUGAGCCGUCCGUUGUCACCCUCCUCCGCGUCACGUCUGAGGAGAAGUGACUCAUUGCGAUCAGUGAGUUCGGGGUCGGAGAGGAGCGAAGAUUCCCGCGGAUCUCCGGCUGCUACCCCUCAAGGAAAGGGGAAGAGCGUCUCGUUCAACAAGAACGUCCGUGUCCAGUACCCCAGACGAACAUCCCACUCGUUCUCUAAGUUUGACUCACUGACUUCGCUCAACGGACGGAAUUCGCCAGUAACGAACGGAAACGAAAUCGACUACAGUAACACAAACCUGAACGGGAACGGCAUCCCAUACGCCUCGUCGCCUUACCACGCGCCUUCACACACUCUAACCUUGAACAAUCGCUACAGUCAAAACAAUCUCAACAAUAACCUAUCGACGACCAAUCAAAAGUCGAACGGAGGCAAGAAAUUCUGGAGUAGCGUCUGGAGAAGCCACUCGACCCGAAGACCGGAAGAUAAAGAGGCGAACCAUAUAAUUAAGUACAAAGUAAAACACACUUCCCCGCUGGUGGGCCGGAAACUCGGGAAUAAGAAACAGGCAGGGUCGGAAUCCCCCCAGGUUAAGCGAAAUCACGUGAAGAAAAUCGUGAGUCUCUUCAACCGGCAAGCUGCGGUCGAGAAGCAAAAACUCAAGGAAGAUCUAGAAACAUCUGGUCCCAAGAAAGGCUUACACGACCUGCAGACGCAAACGAUGCCCGUGCCAGCGAUGACUUUGUCGAGGUCGCCGAUAACUCGGAGCUCAAGCCCUCCCAUCCGGCCAUCGACGUCACCUCCAGAUCCUCCGACGAUAACGACGAAUCACAUCAAAGGACCCACAUUCGUCAAACGGACAGUUACGACGACCACCUACGAACCCAAGCCUUACGAACACGUAUCCUUCAAUAAUCCACUCGGCUACAGCCAAGCCACAGACUCGUCGGUGAACACGAGCGACAAGGAGAACAGUUCUUUCCAGAGCGGAAGCUCCUUCCUCAACCGGGAUAGUGGAAUCAGUCUGCCAUCGUCGCCGUUACGCUCCACGUCGCCGGGUCCGUUCAUAUCGACGGUGACUCUGAAUCACUCACCGAAGGGAAACAGGAAUAACCACCAAGAGAUCCGGCACGACUUCCGACCUAUCCCACCAUUCGAAUCCAGCGACGAUUCCAUGUACUCGGAUGGCGGACCGCCUCAGCGCCCGUUGCGAACGAAGGCUCCGACGAACCUUAAUAUCAUCAACUUACCUCCGCCCCCCAUGAAGGAUGCGGCUGUGCAGGUGAGGCAGGUGAAGCCCGGAAACCUGACGCCCGUAGAAGAACAGCCUUCUCGGAUAUACGCCCCACUGUACAGUCAGGUCAACAAGAGCCUAAAGAAAACCCAAUCAGCCCCUCCACCCCCACCUCCACCUUCCCGUUGGGCCUCGUCUUCUUACCUGAUUCCACCGCCCGCGAAAUGGGCGUCAACGAGCGAAGUCCGCUCUCAGUCGCCUCAAUGGAAACAUUAUCGCCCCGGUAGUCCGAUCCGCUAUGGCGAAAACGACAGGAGAGCCGUGUCACCUCUCCACGCCCAACGAUUUUCCGACAAUAACGCUCAUUCCGACUUCACGUCGGAUAAUGAGAGCGCCGCCAGUAGAUCCCGAACUCCAAUUUCUCAUGUGAAAACGUCGAGCCGUAGCUUCGGUUUCAACAUUGGCACGAAAAAGAAAGUCAAGAGCAAGAAGUCCAAAACUGCGCAGGAGUCCGACUCCUCGUCGACGUCCUCUCAAGGGGUCGAGAGGACCCAAAGCCUCUUGAGAUCGGCGAGUCGCAGCCAACCGGCGCGACCGAAUUCCCGGAGUCAACACUACAACUCGAUGUUGGACUUGAGCCCGGCGUACAACCGCACUCCAUAUCCGACCUACGAGGACGAAUACGGAGCACCGCCGAAGCCUCCUCACACGUAUUCGUGGUCGCUCAGUCUGGGCCGCACGCCCAAGUCGAAGAGAUCGGUCGACGGCGGAAGUACAGCGACUGGACCCAUCUAUUCGACGCAGGCGCCGAUCGCACAAACACCCCGCAAAGCCUAUUCCGACGCUCCGUCAUCGGUUGACGAAGACCACCCGCCCUACUCGAGACGUGGAGGCUUAGCUGCUGCGUUCCAUCAUAGGAACGUUCGAGGUGAUCUUUUCAAUAGUGGAGCGUCUUCGUGCGGUUCCAUGACUGCAUCGGAAGCCGCGGGCGUACGCGAACCCAUUGUGAUGUAUAUUCCGGGAGUGCAGAGAACGGGGAGAAGCCCCGAGGCGAAUGUCAACAGGAGCAAUUCAUUCUUUAAUCCAGGCUCCGCUACUUUGAACCGACAGGAGCAUAAAUCACGCUUCGCCAAACAAGAGACGAAAACGGGGAAAAAUGACCGUUAUAAGCCCAAGGAUCCCAAGCAAGAGAAAGUCAACCAACAGCAAAUUCAACGGUCGAAAUCGAUUCCGAGAAACGCUCGUCUUCUCUAAGAUAUUUCUCCUCCCUAACAAAAACCGUCUCGAGGACGCUAAUGAGAAAAAAAAAGAACUUGUAGCAGUUGAAGAUGAUUCAAACAAAUGCAAGUCAUGAGAAUCGCGAUGAGACGCGUAUAAUGAGGAAUGACGAUUUUUCAAAGAGCGAAACUGUACAUGUUACCCG